CGAAAAAAGAAAAAAAAAAAAAAACUGAACCUAGCAGACCACUUAUCAGGUGCCACAGCAUCUGCAGACCCCGGGCCAGUCCCCUUCCGCUCCCGGACCAUCGCCCCCUCGCCCCCGGCCGCGUCGAUGACUCCGGCGCACCGACCCCGAUCUCCUCCGCCCGCCGCCGCAGCCCACUACUCGGCCGACGACUCCUCGGCCCACCUCACCCACUCUCCCGAGUCUCUUCCCCACGCCACAGAGACCGCUCUGCACGUGCAGACUGAUUUCUCGCAUCCGACCUACGCAUACUCAACACCUCCCGUCAACGCCACCAGGCGCGCAGCCGUCUCGCUGCGAACCCAGUCCUCCGCCCAGUCGCUCCGGCCGGUAUCGAGGACGCCUAGUCUCAAAACCGGCAUCUACGGCCCCCUUGGUUCCGCUUCGGCGACCAGCUCCGCCGUUGCGAGCCCCGUCAUCUCCGCAAUGGGCGACCUCACUCCUCUUCCAUCACCCCUUUUGGCAAGCGACUCUCCGGGCCCGUGGAGACGGAGAAUGUCGCGCGAAACCACCGUCACCCCACCGGCCUCGGCACCGCUCGAUCCGGCGCACGAGCAUACAUCCCCUGCCAAGAACACCACGAGAAAAGGAUACACAGGCAUCACGUCAUGUCCUGCGCCCGCAGACGGAACCAGCCAACAACAGGGCGGCGGGCUCGCUCAGCCCAAACAUCACACCAGGAACCGGAGCAUCAGCGAGUACAUUCCGGACCCGAUGUUGGUCCCUAAGCGCAUGUCGACCGUGUCAGGUAUCCGCGUCAAGCCCGAUCUACAGAACGUAGCCGAAGGACGCUUGCGCCGGGAACCCCACCUCUCAGAAGCGAGGGGCUUGACCCCCGUGGAGAAGCCCCCGACGCCACCCCCUAGCGAAUCGUCCCUCAGCACGACCGACCUGUCCUUGUCUGCUCCCUCGGCGACCAGCGCCCCCAGGGAACAGGCAGUGGCAGGCUUCUUUGAAGCGCGUGGCCGGUAUGACCAGAAGCGGCGCCGCUGGCGGGCCCUCAGGGUACUCGGCCAAGGCACAUUUAGCCAAGUCUACUUGGCCACCAGCCAUGCAUCUACCUCUUCCUCCUCCGACGAGGAUGGCAGUGUCAGUCCGGGCGCUAGCCUGCAGGGUCUCCAACAUCAGCCUUCUAUCGCCCAGCGCCGGUCCCUAGUAGCCGUCAAGGUCUGCGAGCACGGUCCCCGAGGAGGUGCAUCCGAGGACCGCAUCGAGAUGAGCUUGAAGCGGGAGCUCCAAAUCAUGCAGUCCGUACGGCACCCCUCGCUCGUGAAUCUCAAGGCCUGGAGCAUUGAGCCGACCCGCGCCAUCCUCGUGCUCAGCUACUGCCCCGGCGGGGACCUCUUCGACGUGGCGACUCGCCAUCGCUCGCUUCUCACACCCUCCCUCAUCCGCCGCAUCUUUUCCGAGCUUGUCGGCGCAGUAUCCUACCUCCACGCCCAAAACAUUGUCCACCGCGACAUCAAGCUCGAGAACGUACUCGUCAACCUCGCACCAUCCGAGCUGUCUCCCGAGACCGACUGGACAACCUAUCCUUACUCAGUCAUCACCCUCACAGACCUCGGGCUCUCGCGCCGCAUCGAGCCCGACGAGAAGCUCGAGACCCGCUGCGGAUCCGACGACUAUGCCGCGCCCGAAGUCAUCAUGGGCCAGCCCUACGACGGCCGCGCGACCGACGCCUGGUCGCUCGGCGUGCUGCUGUACGCCCUGCUCGAGUCCCGCCUGCCCUUCGACCCCCCGCCGGCCGCCGGGCCUCAGGGUAUCGACCACGCCAUGCAGUUGCGCAUGCGCAGCCGCACCAGCCACCGAAUUGCCAGGGUCGAGUGGCGCUGGUUUGAGUACGGCGCCGGAGAAGGUGCGGACGGCGAGGGCGAACACGAGGCCGAUCUCAAAAAGUUCCAGGACAAGGGCUUGCUGGGCGCCAUGGAGGCCGUCGAGGGGCUCCUGAAGCGCGCCCGCAGCAGGUGGCCUCUGAACAAGGUCGCCGAGAUGGAGUGGGUGGCCAGGGGCGUGUGUGUGGAAGGCGGGAUCAAGUUCAGGGAGGAGGAGGAGGGCGAGGAGGUAUGAUGAACCCCUAACCCCUUUCCUUGGGCACGCACGCGCGGCACAAAGCAAACGGGGCGAGGGUGCAGAGGUUUUUUUUUU